AUGGAUAAGAACGAACUAGAGGCACUUCAACAAAGAGGUUUACAAGCAAACCCAGAGGCUCAACAGAAAGCAGAACAGCAAAGAAGAGAGAAUGAGGAGCGUAGGAGUCAUAUUCUAGUACAGAUCCUUACACCAAGUGCAAGGGAGAGACUGUCUAGAAUAGCGAUGGUCAAGGGUGACAAAGCACGUCAAGUAGAGGACAUGAUCAUUGGUGCUGCACAGAGUGGACGUCUCGCCGAGAAGGUCGAUGAUGCCAAGCUAGUAUCAUUACUGGAGCAGAUAAGUGAGAAGACAACAAAGACUAACAUUAUUGUAAGUAUCCCUCUCGAAAGCAAUAAAGCCAACCACUAA